CUUUGGUCGCCUUCCCUUUCUUUCUCUUUUUUCAUCAUAUAUUUGUUAAUAAUCCUUCAAUUAGAGGCCUGUUUUCUGACAAUCCCUGUUGGACCCUCUUCGUCUUCAUUUUCUCCCGUCAGAAGCUCCCAAAAAUUUCCAGAUAUUGACAAGGUAUCUAACAUCAUCUCUAUUUUGUAGCUUGUCACGGAUUUCGAGGCAAGAACCAAUGGAAAUUUGGGAACCUCUGAGUAAUGGCAGCUGAGGAAGAUAUUGAUUUUCCAGCUUUGAAAUCACAGUUAAACCAAACACAGACUAACUGGAAUCAGGAGAUGGAGAGGAGCCAGUCCCAAGUGGAUGCCUUGCAACAGAAGCUUACGGAGGUAAAGGCUUGCAUACAAGGGUCAGAGGCAGAUGCAAAGAAGGAACUAAAUGUUCUCUGGCGUAGAGUCAAAACUUCUGCGACAUUAUUGACAUACUUAAAAUCCAAAGCCAGAAUCAUGGCAGUUCCUCAUUUGGCUCAUACGUCUUGUGGUAUCAAACAAUUGGAUGGUGUGGGCCUUGUCGAUAAAAAUGGUAUACCAUUGUCUGGAUGGUCUAGGAAUGUAGACAUUUCUUCCUUUGACAGUGCUGAUGAGGAAACAUGGACAGCACUUAGUAGUGAGGAAGGUUCUCUUGAUGAACAAGAUGGAAUCUAUACUAGCGAAUUACUCAAAAGUGUACAAAUGGUUACAGAUGUAAUGGAAAGUCUUGUAAAGAGAGUUAUCAUGGCAGAAUCUGAAACGGCUAUUGAGAAGCAGAAGGUGACGGUAGGGCAGGAAGAAAUUAAAAAGAAGGCAGUUCAAAUUGAGAGCAUGUCUAUAAAACUAGAAGAGAUGGAACAGUUUGCUAUGGGUACAAAUAGUAUUUUGAAUGAGAUGAGACAGAGAGUUGAAGAUUUGGUCGAAGAAACCUCUAGACAGAGGCAAAGAGCUGCCGAGAAUGAGCAGGAGCUUUGCCGUGUUAAGCAAGACUUUGAAUCCCUGAAAUCUUAUGUCAGCACUCUGAUUAGUGUAAGGGAAACACUUCUUUCAUCAGAAAAGCAAUUUCAGACAAUUGAAAAGCACUUUGAACGGCUCGUAGCAAAAACAUCACAGUUGGAAAACGAGAAGAUGCAAAAGGAGGCUGAGGUCCAGAAACUCAUGGAAGAGAAUGUGAGGCUGAGUGCUCUACUGGACAAGAAAGAAGCCCAACUUGUGGCGAUGAACGAGCAGUGUAAGGUUAUGGCACUGAAUGCUUCCAGUAUUUAGUUUAGCAUUCUUAACUCCCCCUGAGAGAGCUGCCUUUCUGACGCGACUGUGUCAGAUGAAUUCGGAUUGCCUCUUUAUUUUCAAACAAGAAUGUUUGCUAUUUCGUUGUACUUCCUCAUUGAGAAGUGUUCAGUUUGAUAGGACUCAAAGCUUGUACUGUUAGGACUGUUUUCCAAUUUGUUCAGUGCAAUGUGUGAUUGUCAUAAUAUUGUCUCAAUACAUUGAAGUGACCGUUGGCUUGUCGUUUCUUUUGCUUGCUUACAUCUUUUACAGAA